CGAGCUCUUGUUUGACCACCAACCACCCAAACUGAGGCUGUUUCCAAAGUUUCCUGUCGAAAGAGAGGUGACAUGAGUUUCUCUUCAGGUGAUUAGUUGUAUUUUAAGAGAUGUCGAACCCCUCCAGUGCUUCCGGGAUCCAUAUAACUGCAUCGUUCCACCACAAUUGGUGGAUCUCAGAUUGCCACCAGAGUGAAUCGAAGCAGAAAGACGACCCCCUGGGUUCGGUUGGGAAAAUCGAGACCCCUGGUCUCCAGUGGGGUCUCCCUAUCCCUAGGCCAGGAGUGAGGUGGGACUGGGGUGGUCGGUCUUGGGGGUUCGAAUUCCGACCGAACUCGGAGAUGGGCCGAACUCGGAGCCCUGUCGGGGUAGAUUCCAAUGCAAAACUAAAAGUUGUGUGACAGAUUCCUGCUGCAGGAUAUCGCAUGUAUGACAUCAUUGAUGCCCCUGGCGUCCAGAGGACGAUGCCGUUCCUGCAAGGCUGUGAGCCUGUGGAGGUUCGAUUCAGAAAGGGAGAUGUGUUGAACCAGAGCUUUCUGGAGACCAUUGGUGACUUCGAAGGCGAAGAGUCCUCCUCCUUUCCAUCACCCGAUCUCCUGUUCAUCGACACGGCCCAUACGCGAGAGCAGCUGGCCCAGGAACUGGAGGCCUUUGGGCCCUUAACGAAGUCCUACAUCAUUUUGCAUGAUACCGAGACCUUUGGUACAGAAGACGAGCCCAUCCAUGACGACGGCACCUUGUUUUCACAUCGCCGCAAGCAAAAGAUCUUGAAGAACCAGCAGGCGUACCACGUGGGGAAGUUGAUGCAUUCCCAAGCGGCGUCUUCGUUGGAAGACUUGGAUUUGGAGCAUGUGGAGGAAGCGCUGCGAGAUGCCCAAGCAGAUCUGGAGCAGCUGGGUUCAGGCUUGCAGGUGGCCAUCGAGGGGUGGUUGAAGGGACCCUCGGCUGCCGGUGAAUGGGAGGUUUUAGAGCAUUCCCUUGCAGACAAUGGGCUGACGGUUCUGGGUCGAACUUCUGGUCUCGGUGCGAACGCCAGCAGGACCUGCCAAGCGAAGCUGUCCGAGGUCCGAGCUUUGGCUGGCCCCUUGCUGUACUUGUCUCCGAACUUUCCCGAAAGCUGGCACCACGCCGUGUUCCUCAACGAGACGCACGCCGAGCGAGUCGAAGGGAAGCUGCGCAAGGCACAACGAGCCUGUGCCGGCCAUUGGGAAGCGAAGGCCGCGUUGCGGAGGCUCCGCUGGCACCGGCGCGUCCGUGCAGAAGGUGCAUCUCGCUGCGUGGAAGAGAACGAGUCUGGGGAUCCGCAGCGUUGUCGACCACUCCUGAAGGUCCCACAUCAUGAUGCAGCUACUGGUACACGGCCAGGGUCGUCCAGCAGUCUUGCUCAAUGGGCUCCGCAUCCGGAUCUGUUCUUUGCGCUGUUGCCCCAGAUCCGCAGAUCUGACUCAACUUGGACCACUCUACUGGACGAGGCGGUUGAACGAUGGCCCUUCCGCCUGGAAUCCUGGCUCUACCUGGCCGAGCAUCGACCAACGCUGCAGGCCUGGCGCCGGGCCUUGACGCUUUGCGGCCGCAAUCGCUUCGCAGCCUUGCAGGCGUUGGAGGGGCUCAGGCGGCUCAACCGUCACGCGGAGGCGGAGGCUUGGGAGAGACGAUUGGUUGGAGACUUCAAAGAAAGCCUGUGGGACACCGAGGAGUUUCGUCGUCCAAGCCCCGUGGUGCACAGAACAAGGCACGUCCAAGCACAGGAAGAACAGCGCACGGACCUGGAAAGAGUGCGGCAGUUGGAAGAAGCUCAAGCACUGCUGGAGCACCGUUUGCUGGAGAAUGGAGCGGAGCUGCAAGCAGAGGCCCUUCGUGCACUGCACGCCAUGGCGGCGCAACAUGAUCAACCUAUCACCUUUUUGAUGAACAACUCCUGCCACUUCGUUUCAAACUGUGACACUUUCCCUCAAACCUGCCAACUUCUUGAAGCCCUGGAAGCUCACGUCCCCAUCAUCUCCGCUUCGUUGCACGUGCCACGCGAGACCGUGAGCGACCGCGAGCGCCCGCGCGAGCUGUGGACAGUGCCCGGUCACCGACGGCUGUGGUGUCCGUUGGAGCGAGCUGAACGCGCACACUGCGUGUGGGAGUUCCAGGAGCCGCAAGGCUCGGUGAAAGAGAUGGAGCUGGACCUGAAGCGGGAGGUUUUUCUGGUGCUGGAGAUUUGGGAUCCAGCUUAUUUGGCUGGUGAACUGGAAAUCAGUGCUGGACCUGAAAGCUUGCUUUGGUUACAAGCAAGCCUUGCAAGACUGGGAGAUGGAGGCUUAGGGGGUCGAAUCUACGUGGGCUCUACUAUGAAGCUCUUGGAGGUUCCGAAAGCAUCCAGCUUCCAGGCGUUACAUCCAUGGGGAGAUCGCUGGAUCAAGCAGGCCAGAGACUCGGGACGUGCGAGGACGUCUCGCCGAUGUGACGCGACAGAUCUUGGCAGAUCGGGUGUACUCACAGCACGAGCUGCUCGUGUCUUGAAAAACGAGAACGAUCGCUUCAAAGCCCGGCACAUCCAGAUCAACGUCAGUGCACGAGGGGUGGAUCCCACGCUCUUUAGCGUCGGCGAGGGCACCUUGAGUUCUGAGACCGUGGUGAAGCUGGCGGCGAGAUAUCCGGAGACCAUCUUCUUGCUCUCGGUCUUCGAGCGCGAUGGGGUGACCUCCUGGCCCUGGGUCCGUCAAACGCUGGACCUCUCCCGCGGGGCGCGCGCGGCUUCCGCCACGCACGCGCGGACGCUGCAGAACCUGGCGGCCUUCUUCGAUGACAGCGGCGGCUUGGGGAUCCAACCCACGGAGGUGCCAGAGAUCCCGGUGGGCUAUCCACGCGGUGUCGGGCAGCCCAUCGGCUUCACCGGCGGCAUCGUGGCAGAGAACGUGAAGAGCUGGUUGUCGAGGUACGAGGAACGAGCACAGGAGGCGGAGUGCUGGUGCAUUUCGGAUGCUCAGUCGGGCUUUCGAGUGGAGCCGCCUGGCGGAAAGGAAUUGGGUAUUGGAAGAAUCAGAGGAUGCGGAGUGGAGAACUCAAGGAAUUCCUACUUACUUACAAGCUCGUUUCUGUUUGCGUGUGGUUUGUGA